UUUCCUUGUCGCCCUCUAGAUGACGUCACGCCCGCGCCGGAAGUUCUUCGUUCUGUUUACAUUUCGCCCUUUUGUUGUGUUUAAAAACCUCUUUAAAAUGUCCAAAAAGCGGCCAGAGAGCGGCAGCCUGAGGGCCUGUGUGGAGCAGCAGCUGGCGGCGGUAGCCUCGGGGGUCCUCGGCCUGCUGGAGGAGAGCGGCCAGGCGGAGCUGGAGGAGCUGCGGGCGCUGCUGAUGAAGCGGAUCGCAGCGGCCGUGGACUCCAUCCUCACCACGUUCGAAGCGAGCAGAGCGGCCGAAAGAGGGACUCUGGAGCCGGGAGAGAGGCGGAGAGGAGGCCGCAGAGAGCAGUCUAAAGAACUGUGUGUGUCUGUUGGUGUUAGGAGUCAGCCUUUCCAAAGACCAUCUGGUUCCACUUCCAGACUCGACCAGCAAGCGGCUUUUCCAGACGAUGACACGGCAGCUGAGGAGGAAGAGGAUGAUACGGUUGCAGCAGAUGAAACAUCUCCCAGCUGCAAAGUUUGUGGGAAAUCCUUCGACACGAAAGGCUUUUUGAUCAAACACGUGGAGAAACACGGCAAGGAAGUGGAGAGUCGGUGCGGUGUGUGUGGGGAACGUUUGGAGUCCAGCGCCGACCUGAAACGACAUCUUCAGAUGCAUCGCGACAGCUGCAGGACCUGCGACUUCUGCGGCAAAAAGUUCCCCUCGAUCCGAGCUAAGGAGACGCACAUGCGGCUGCACACCGGUGAGAAACCGUUCAGCUGCCGCCACUGCGGCAAAGGCUUCAGCCAGAAGGGCAACAUGAUGACUCACCUGCAAACCCACGUGGAAGAAAAGCUCUCUGAAGACUUCGUCCACAGUGUUUCACCAGAGCAAGACAUAAAGAGCGACGGUGAACAGACGGCGUUCACCUGCAAAGUCUGUGGAGCAGACUUCCUAACGACCUCUGACCUCAGGAGACACACCCAGAGCCACAACCAGCCGACCGACAGGAGCAAACGCAGAAAGCCGAGUCUGACUCCUUCUCACUUCUGUAAGGUCUGCGGGAACGCUUUCCACAAUAAAGGGAACUUACUGCGACACACAGAGACGCAUUUAAAUCACCCCGACCUCCUGUGUGGCGUCUGUGGAGAGCGGGCCGAGUCAUCUGAGAGCCUGCAGCUCCACAUCCAAAGUCACAGAGAAAUGAACAAAGCCUGCGACAUCUGCGGAGACAAUUUCAGGGACAUGGAGAUCCACAUGAGGACGCACUCCGGGCAAAAACCUUUCAGGUGUAAAGACUGCUGCAAGGACUUCCCCAGGAAGAGCUCCCUGGAGAGACACCUGAAGCUGCACGCCGGCGAGAGGCCGUACAUCUGCGAGUUUUGUGGGAAGACUUUCAUCGAAAGCACCGUCCUCAAGCGGCACAUCAAGAGCCACACCGGCGGGAAGCCCCGGAUUUACACCUGCGAAACCUGCGAUAAGACGUUCACCAUGAGCCAACAUCUGGACGUGCACAAGAGGAUCCACACGGGGGAGAAGCCGUUCCCCUGCAAGGUCUGCGGCAAAACCUUCAGGCAGAUCGGCAACCUGGACUCCCACAUGAGGAUCCACACGGGCGAGAAGCCGUUUAUCUGCAGCCUCUGCGGGAAAACCUUCCGCCAGAAAAUCUCGCUGGAGACGCACGAGCGCUUCCACAAGAAGGACAAGGCGUUCGUCUGCCAGGUGUGCAGGAAGGGCUUCGUGCAGAAGAUCGACCUGAAGAGGCACAUGCUGACGCACACCGGCGAGAAACCCUUCAGCUGCCACGCCUGCGGAAAGAGCUACCAGGAGAAGCGCUCGCUGGAGUCGCACAUGAAGGUCCACGCGGGGGAGCAGGCCGCCAAGGACCCGGCUGUGAUGUCACACAUGAAGCAGCAGGAGGCGGAGGUCCAACCUCAGUUCACUCAGCUGUGAUCUGCUGCUGUUUGUACAUAAACGACUCGGCUCCUUCCUGUCUGAUAUAGGAAAAAUGGGACAAAACAGGAAGUUUACUCUGACAUUAAGAGGCAAAGCUUCCUGUUUCCGAUGCUUUCUGUAAAGGUCAGCUUCACUCCGAAAGCAGAAACUCUGAGUAAAAACACAUUUAUAACAGCUGAACUGAAUCCUUUCUGCAUGUAAUCCCCGUUUCAAAACAGACUAAUUAAUUCCAUAGUUUAAUUCAAUCGUUUCAGACCAAACUAGGACUGUCAUAGUGGUUUCAGAUCAUUUAAAUCUGCUUUUAAAGAUUUACAAACUAUUUAGAAAAAAACUUUAAAAACAUUCCUUUUCUCAUCUUCCUGAAGUUAUUUAGAUAUCCUACAGAUUUUUAAUGCUGACUUUAUUCAAAGAUUUUACUUUCAGGUGAUCUGCUGUAAAUCUUUCACAUUUGGGUUUAAUUUGUACAAUUAACUCCGUCCUGAACUUGGAGGAUUUAACUGGAUUUGUAGAUUUUCAGAAAAAGCGAAGAGUCGACUUGUGUCAUCUUUACUUUCAUAAUAAACAUUUUUUUAUUGUAAUUUUUCCAGAAAUAGGGCAGAAAAUAUCAGAACAUUUUGAACAGAAAACCAGUAAAAUAACUACACUAUUCCUAUAAUAUUAAGUAACUAUUAGCGGAUGACUGGAGUUAUUUAUAAAUUAAUUGAAAGUUUUAUUAAAGCUGACAGAAUAAUUAUUGCUACUAAUUUUGUUGACAUCAAAACACUAAAAAUUAAAUCCUGAAAGCAAUUUUCAAAAUACAGAGAAAACUUUAGAUCUCAUUUGUAGUGAUUAAUUUUUGAAUUACAUUGUUUAUUAUUGUAUCUUAAUUAACAGUUAUUAUUACUCGUCUCCAUUCCUAAAAAUAUCCAAAAAUAACUGUUUCUCUUACAAAAUAUGAUGCAAACUAAUUUUAAAAAUGUAUUUUUAUCUGUUUUAAUCAAAUUUAAUCCUUGUUGUGCUUUAAGGAGAAUGUUUUCUACAAAUUUCAUAUUUCAAAAUUAAUUAUUUCCUGGACAUAAAUUUGAGUUUUUUUUUUGUUUUUUUUUAUCAGUUUCUUUCAACAGUUUGGGCCUCAAACCAAAACAAUCAGCGAUGAAAAGAUCAAGGAAAAAUAUUUUCUCCAGCUGAUAAAAAUCUCCUGAAUUGUUUAUUAUUGUACAGGAACCUUGUAAAAUAAUUUAAACUUGAUUCUUUUUUUCUCUCCAGUAUUUUUUUGUUUUGAAAAAUAAUGAGGAUCAAAAACGUGACUAUUGUUCACUUAUAAACGUUUCAUUGCUGUAAUCACAAUUUAAACUUUUGACAUAGUUUAAUGCAUUAAAAUUGUUUUUGUGUUUUCCCCUCAUUGUUUUGACUGAGUAGCUUUUUGUGUUUUUAUUUUUCUGCAACUUCAAUGUAUUUUUCUCUUUUUGUUUGAAUUUAAGUGAAAACUUUUAUUUUGCAGAACUUUAAUUUGAAGUUGUAUAAUGAUGUGGUGAUGCUGGAUUGUCUUUUAUCUUGAGUUACUUCUGCUAAAACUGUGUGAAAUUUAAAAAUAAAUAAAAACGGUUUGGUCAAAUUUUGA